GAAUCACUUAUAAAUGGCACCGAAGCAGGACCCGAAGCCUAAAUUCCAGGAGGGUGAGAGAGUGCUGUGCUUCCGUGGGCCUCUUCUUUAUGAAGCUAAGUGUGUAAAGGUUGCCAUAAAGGAUAAACAAGUGAAAUACUUUAUACAUUACAGGGGUUGGAAUAAAAAUUGGGAUGAAUGGGUUCCAGAAAGCAGAGUACUCAAAUACGUGGACACCAAUUUGCAGCAACAACGAGAACUUCAAAAAGCCAAUCAGGAGCAGUGUGCAGAGGGGAAGAUGAGAGAGGCUGCCCCUGGAAAGAAGACUUCUGGUCUGCAACAGAAAAAUGUUGAAGUGAAAACAAAAAAGAACAAACAGAAAACACCUGGAAAUGGAGAUGGUGGCAGUACCAGUGAGACACCUCAGCCUCCUCGCAAGAAAAGGGCCCGCGUAGAUCCUACUGUUGAAAAUGAGGAAACAUUCAUGAACAGAGUUGAAGUUAAAGUAAAGAUUCCUGAAGAACUAAAACCAUGGCUUGUUGAUGACUGGGACUUAAUUACCCGGCAAAAACAGCUCUUUUAUCUUCCUGCCAAGAAGAAUGUGGAUUCCAUUCUAGAGGAUUAUGCAAAUUACAAGAAAUCUCGAGGAAACACAGAUAAUAAGGAGUAUGCUGUUAAUGAAGUUGUGGCAGGGAUCAAGGAAUACUUCAAAGUAAUGUUGGGCACUCAGCUUCUCUACAAAUUGAGACCACAGUAUGCUGAAAUCCUCGCAGAUCACCCUGAUGCGCCCAUGUCCCAGGUGUAUGGAGCACCACAUCUACUGAGAUUAUUUGUACGUAUUGGAGCAAUGUUGGCCUAUACACCUCUGGAUGAGAAGAGCCUUGCUUUAUUACCGAAUUAUCUUCAUGAUUUCCUAAAAUACCUGGCAAAGAACUCUGCAACUUUGUUUAGUGCCAACGAUUAUGAAGUGGCUCCUCCUGAGUACCAUCGGAAAGCUGUGUGAGGCGCUUAUACUCACUCUUGUUUGGAUCUCUGUAAACACAUUUUUGUUUCCUAGUCCUUCUCUUGUACAAAUGAUGUACUUUGGAAAUGUUAGUGUAUAACAGAAGUGAUGUUUG